AUGAGUAGUGGUGUUGACGAAGAGAAAAUGGUCUUUUUAUUAAAAUUAUUAAAAGAUGAGUGGGACCAAUCAAAAGUUGACGAAGAUUGUGUUCAAGGGAAUCCCGAUUUUUUACGGCGCUGUGUGUCGACCUUUGAAAUUCGUUCCGACCAAAAAAAUGAUGAGAUUGAGAUGGACGAAUUCAACGAAUCCAAAAUAAAGCAUGCGUCCAAGAAAUUGAUUCCCCUCGUGAAUGGGUGUCAAAUUAAUUUAGUAGAAGUGUCUCAAAGCAAACAAUUCGAGCAACGCGAACUUGAGUGUGAUAAGUCCACGCAAGCCAUCAGUCCACGUAGUCGAGGCAACACCAUUCCGUCACAACAAGAAGAUUCUCCAUUUGACAACAUGAGAAGUGAUGAGAUUCAGAUUGAGAGACGGAAAGAAGAUGUAGAUAAUGUCUUAGAACUUCUUGACCAACAACCACAAAGUAAUUCCAAACCGUUUCCACAAUCACGACAAGAUUGUGAUACGAAAGAGCGACGGGGGUAUAAAAAGAAAGUUAAUGUGAUGGGUCUUGACCACUUAGAAAAAGACGAGAAAGUUGAUUCCCAACUUUUGAGUUUUCAAACUCUUUCCAAAACUGAGCAAAAUGCCGACAAAGUAGAUUUCCCCGAACCCUCCGCCUUUCUCGACCACCUCAAAAUUGAAAAAGUCGAAAAACCAGAAAAAGUUGAGAAAAUUGAAAAUCCGGACCAGUCGAUUUCGUCUCUUCACAAAUCGAAGGACGUCGAAUUUACGAUGGAGUGUAAAGGGGACAAAUCGAGUCAAGUUUCCAUAGAGAGUAGUGCGACAGGUCCGAUGCGAUUAAGUCGGAAUCAAGUUGAAGUGAUGGGUUUAAAAGCUCGGAUCAGUGAAUUAGAAUUGAUCAUCGAUGAGAUGCAGAAGACUACUCCACGUGGGCAGCAACCGUCGUUAUGGCGAUCGGAGAGGAGUUCCCCGUCCGACCUAUCGAACUCGACGAGUCCGCGGUUGAAAGACGGGAAGACCAAAAUGAUCCGAAGAA